CUUCAGUAACGGGUCAAGGGCAAAGCCCAAGUUACAACGGGUCAAGUCACCAUUGCAUUUUUGCUUAUUUCCGGUCCCGCGUAGUUCGUCACAGUUGAACUAAUGGAGUAUGCUCACUCGAAACCUCUCUCUACGACUCACCAGAUUACUCUGCACGGCGACCGCAAAACCAUUUAUACAAAACCAAACUGCAACUCCAGACAACAAUCUAAAGCCCCUCAACUCAAAAAUAUCAACUUUCAUGAGGGAUGGCUUUGUGGAAGAAGCCCAGAAGCUGUUCGACAAAAUGCCUCGUAGAAACACCGUCACGUGGAAUGCCAUGAUUCGCGGCUACUUUCUAAAUGGGCAGUUCCAAGAUGCGAUUAAUUUAUUUAGUCGGAUGACUGAGCGUGAUGUUUUCUCGUAUAACACCAUGAUUACCGGGUUGAUGCAAUGUGGGGAUGUGGAUGGUGCAAGGGAAGUCUUUGACAGGAUGAUUUAUAGAGAUGUUGUCACUUGGAAUUCAAUGGUUUCCGGGUAUAUUCGUAAUGGGAUGAUUGGUGAAGCGGUACACGUGUUUGAUGGGAUGCCAUUGAAGGAUGUGAUUUCAUGGAACUUAGUGGUUGGGGGUCUUGUGAAUUCUGGAGAGUUUGAUUUGGCUGAAAAGUAUUUUAAGCGAAUGAAUAUUCGAGAUUUGGCUUCUUGGACUAUAAUGAUUUCAGGGUUUUCUAGUGCAGGACGUGUUGUUGAAGCCCGAGAACUCUUUGAUGGCAUGCUUGUGAGAGAUGUUCAGGCUUGGAAUGCUAUGAUCCUUGGGUAUAUAGAAAACGGGGAUGUUGCAAUUGCUGAGGGGUUGUUCCAGAAAAUGCCCGAGCGGGAUUUGGAAUCUUGGACUCUAAUGGUGAAUGGGUUGGUCAAGGUUCAAAGAAUUAAUGAUGCCUUGGAGCUUUUCAUGGAGAUGCCAGAGAAAUGUCCAAAAACCUGGAACUCGAUUAUUUUUAAAUUAGUAAGAAAUGGGCUCACUAGAGAAGCUCAUGCUUUUCUUGAGAAAAACCCUUACAAAGAUGUUGUAUCAUGGACAAAUAUGAUUGUUGGGUAUUUGGGAAUUGGAGAGGUUGGCAGUGCAAUUGAACUCUUUGAAUCAAUGCUAACUCGAGAUACAGCGGCAUGGAACGCCACAAUAUUUGGAUUAAGUGAAAAUGAUCUUGGUGAAGAAGGUUUGAAGCUUUUCAUUAGAAUGAAAGAAUCAGGGCCAUCCCCAGACAAAAAUACGUUUACUAGUGUUUUGACAAUCUGUUCAGACUUACCAACCUUACACCUUGGUAGGCAAACUCAUGCACUCACAGUAAAAGCGGGAUUUGAUCACUGCGUUGCAGUGUCCAAUGCUAUGGUUACCAUGUACUCAAGAUGUGGGAAUAUGGAUUUUGCUUUAUUGGAAUUCUCUUGCAUGAAAAGUCAUGAUGUCAUUUCUUGGAAUUCUAUAAUCUGCGGAUUCGCUCACCAUGGGAAUGGUGAAGUAGCUUUGGAGAUGUUCGAACAAAUGAGAUCAACAGAUGUUCAACCCAAUCACAUAACUUUUGUUGGUGUUCUGUCUGCUUGUAGCCAUGCAGGGUUGGUAGACCAAGGCAGAUACUACUUUCAUAUGAUGAGAUGCAAGUAUUUCAUUGAACCUACAACUGAGCAUUAUACAUGUGUUGUUGAUUUGUUGGGGAGAUUUGGACUUAUAGAUGAGGCAAUGAGUUUUUUAGAUCAAAUGAGAGCAGAUGGAUUUGAAAUUCCUGCAAGUGUCUGGGGGGCAUUACUUGGAGCAUGUAGAAUCCACAAGAAUGUUGAGGUGGGUGAGAUUGCAGGGGAGAAGGUUUUGGACAUAGAGCCCGGUAAUUCUGGUAUAUAUUUGAUUUUGGCAGAAAUGUAUUUAAGUAUUGGAAGAAAAGAAGAUGCGGGGAGGAUUUGGACAAGAAUGAAAGAGAAAGGAGUCAAGAAGCAACCUGGGUGCAGUUGGAUUGAGGUUAACAACAUUGGGCAUGUAUUUCUUUCAGGGGACAAAUCCCACCCCAAAUUUUGUAGGAUCUAUUCUGUAUUAGAGAUACUGCAUACAGAGAUCGAGACUGAAAUUGCAAAAUCAAAUGCUGCAUCAUUUCAGCAUGUAAAAGUUGCAUAGGUUAGGGCAUUAUGGCUGAGGUUUUGCUGCACAUGCUUUUAUAUACGUAUUUAGGGGUUGAACAAAAGCAAAAGAAGAUCUCAGUGUAAUUUUCUAAUCGGAUAAUGAGGACUUGGGAAAGUUGGAUGGUCAUCAUUGUCCAUAUAAUCAUGGGAUGAAUGUUAAGUUCCAGAUGCGAUUGUCGAUGGUCAAAUGUGUUCAAGGCAUAUAAGGAUGUUGAGGCAGAUUUUUCAGAUAACAUUUGUAAAAGAAAAGAAGAUGCAUUAAUAGAGGAUAAACAUAUGCAAAAUUUUCUUCAUUAUGUUAGAUACAAUUACAAACAAAGCACAUCAUGUUCUGUUGCAUUAAAAGUACUAGCACUGAGCUAGAGGCUAGUACAAAAAAUGCACAGAUUAUCUCAGAGCUUGGUCUACAACAAUGCACGUUCUUCCAUCCUGCAUCAGUGUGUUUCACUCCCCAGAUGUAUAAACAAGUUAAGUGGAGAUUAACAAGAUAAAAGACUGCCGUGGAAAUUAUUAUAUCAGCCUCGUCUCUCUCUGAUGAUUUGCUCCAAGUUAUUUUUCAAAGUCAUCAACUCUUCCAAAUCAUUACAAGCUUCAAUGUUGACGUCCGACAAAGCCUUCAAUGUGUCUUGGAAAGAGCCAGAAGGAGUGGCGGUGGAAGAGCCAACAGUUGCAAUGGGCACGAUUUGAUCGGCAGUGGGGUCAACCGAAGGAGAGCCAAUAGCGGUGGACAGAAACUCGUCAAUCACAGGGUCAUAGGAAGGUGAGGCAGCCGUGGUGGAGAUGAAUUGAUCCACCAUAGAAUCAACGGAAGUUGAUCCAGCAUUGGUGGUGGGGAGAAAUUGGUCAUCCACAUAGUCAAAUGAAGAAGAACCGGCAGUCACAGUGGAAGAGCCAUCAAUGGUUUCGGAGAGGAAUUGGUCGACCACUGAGUCAAAGGAAGGAGAGGCAUAAGUGUAACGGCGGCCCGCUGGAGAGAUUACAAGAAUUGCAACGGAUGAGCCGGAGAGAUUUGAGAAAUCCUUGGCUUUCUUGAAGAGCCCAUUCCUUCUCCUUGAAAAAGUCACAGCGCGAGACUGCUUAUUUUCAAUCUUCUCAAUAGCAAUCUUCUUCUUUCCCAUCUCGUUCCUCUUAAAAACUAUACGGCACAGACUUAGCAAAUGGCCUUUGAAUAUACGGUGCAAAUCAUAUUGAAGUUU